CGCCUCCAACGGAAACCAGCUGAGAGAAAGGGUAGAGAAGACAAGAUGGCGGAGUGAGUGGGUUGCGCUUUCUACAGACGGUUGCGACCCUUGAAGUUUGCUGAAAACGCCCUUAAAGGACUGAAACCAUUAAAAAAAAGCAACAUUGCCAUCGGACGUGUAAUUAGAAGGGCUGUUUUUUUGCUACUCAGCACGGAGGAGGUCCGGACAUUUUUCCGCGGCAGUCCUUGCUACAGCGUUAGCUUGAUGCUAACGCUAGCCAACGUUAGUUUUCACUAGCUGCUACUACGAGCUAGCUGGUUGGUUGUUGAAGGCCGUAAGCUUUUUGGCGUUUAGUUUGGAUGUAUAUACUUCGAUACUGACACGGCAUUCAGUGUUUCUCGGAGGAGGUUUUAUUCGAACGAAGAUCUGUUGUAGCCGGUAGCCUAUGAAUAAAGCGAACAAAUUCGGGAGAAAUCCACUUCCCAACUUGCUUGGUACGUUAAUAGUCGAAAAAGAUCUUUGGAGUAACGUUUACAGCUAGUCCAUACUUUCCCUCAUCAACGACUAUCGCACACACAGGACUCUGUAUGUUCUGCUGACAAUCGGCUACACGGCCACAGAGUUUUCUAAAGGUAAUCGGGUGAAGAUCGUCAUUUGGUGGAUAUUAUGGCGAGCAGCAGUGGCUCCAAGGCCGAAUUCAUAGUCGGUGGAAAAUACAAGCUGGUCAGAAAAAUUGGAUCAGGAUCUUUCGGUGACAUAUAUCUGGCCAUCAACAUCACAAAUGGAGAGGAGGUAGCUGUAAAGUUGGAAUCGCAGAAAGCCAGACAUCCACAGCUGUUAUACGAAAGCAAGCUGUACAAAAUUCUCCAAGGUGGUGUCGGGAUUCCACACAUCAGGUGGUAUGGCCAAGAGAAGGACUACAAUGUCCUAGUCAUGGACCUGCUUGGACCCAGUCUGGAGGACCUCUUCAACUUCUGUUCUCGCCGCUUCACCAUGAAGACGGUCCUCAUGCUGGCAGACCAGAUGAUCAGCAGAAUUGAGUAUGUACACACAAAGAACUUCAUCCACAGAGAUAUCAAACCAGACAACUUUCUCAUGGGCAUCGGCCGUCACUGUAACAAGUGUUUAGACUCGUCAGUGGGGAAGAGGAAAAGAAGCUUGGCUGUUAGCUCUUCUCAGGACCCAUCUUUCUCAGGAUUAAACCAGUUGUUCCUUAUUGACUUUGGUUUGGCGAAGAAGUACCGAGACAACCGAACACGACAGCACAUCCCCUACAGAGAAGACAAGAACCUGACUGGCACAGCACGCUAUGCCUCCAUCAAUGCACACCUGGGCAUUGAACAGAGUCGCCGUGAUGACAUGGAGUCGCUAGGCUACGUGCUGAUGUACUUCAACAGAACCAGUUUGCCGUGGCAGGGAUUAAAGGCUGCCACAAAGAAGCAGAAGUAUGAGAAGAUCUCAGAGAAAAAGAUGUCCACCCCUGUUGAGGUCCUCUGUAAGGGUUUCCCAGCAGAGUUCGCUAUGUAUCUGAACUACUGCCGUGGAUUACGCUUUGAGGAGGCUCCAGACUACAUGUACCUGCGCCAACUGUUCCGCAUCCUUUUCAGGACUCUGAACCACCAGUAUGACUACACAUUUGACUGGACCAUGCUGAAACAAAAAGCAGCCCAGCAGGGGGCAACCUCCGGGGGCCAGGGCCAGCAGGCACAAACCCCCACAGGCAAGCAAACUGACAAACCCAAGCCUAACAUGAAAGGUUAGUAGCAAACAGCCAAGCGACGUUUUUUUACAGACACCAAUUGCUGAUAUAUUCAUUCAGGAUUGUAUUUAGGACUAUUAGAUAUUGUUUUAUUCCCUAACCCACACCCCAGUGCCCACUUUUAUUUUUUUUUUAAAGAAUAAAACACCAAAUUGGAACUCAAAAGCAGAUAAAGCUUAUUAUUCCUGUUGGAAUGAUGAAGCCAAACAGCAUUACAAGUUUCAGGAGGCACCUUAAAAGAACAGAAAAACCCAAAUAAAAGAAUUUGAUACAAUUGGUCUGUCUUGCAGAAGCAAAGACGUCCUUGGGGAAUUUGACUACUAACUUUGCUGCCAUUCUGUUCCUUUGUUGGGGCUGGACAAAAGGCUCUCUGUCUUAAUGCUGACCAACUCACUCUGACUCCUCUGCAGUCUGUCUUUAUUAACAUUCCCACUCAAAUCUUUAUUGUUCCCCCUCACUCAACCCUUAUUUUUCCGUGCUAUUUGACUGACAUUAAUGAUCCACACAUGGUGUCAGGCAGAUGGAGACUAGUUGUGACUCAUUAGAGACAGCAACCUAAGCCAAGUUGGUCAUCUGUGAUGUUGCUGUGUGGAAGUUUCCAUGGUCAUGUAAACAACUUCACAAUCUGGUUUAGAAGCUGUGUACCAAUAAGUAACCAAUGAAACCAGGAAAUACCCUUUUAGGAUAUUGGGAUUUUGACAAGUUCUAAAAGUGUAGUAUGAGUAUUACACUCAACAACACAACCAACACAAGGGAAGGCAGAGAUGUCAGCAUGAGAAGAGCAAUGAUCUUUGUUAAGGUUGAACAGCUGUCUUUUGUAGCAGUUAAUUAAGCAUAAUGCUUUAAGACAUUUAAACAAAGGUUUGUGUUAUUGUGAAUUUUCAUUUCCACUUAGAAUGUAUAUCUGUUUUAAAUAUCUCUUAUUGGUCUCCUUAAUAACUAAGAAUUAAUAUCUGUAUCAGCCCUGAAAAACAAACAUAUCGGUGAGGCAACUGAUCACAGAACUCGUGGUUGGGACCGUUUCGGGUCACGGAUCGGAUCAACGGAGAAGGGUGCAAAUAGAACUUUGAGAGAUGUUUCUAUACGAGGCUCCAGACUAUUUGUUUUCACCACUGUCCCGAAAAAUAUUUUCAACUAUACUACUGCAUAUGGCUACUUUUCAAGAGUACUUUGAAAAAUCAAACAGUCUAGAGUAUAAAAAACUGCAUUUUGUUCAAUUCAGUAUCCUGUGAGCCACCUCACUACAUAAACAUUACAAAAACCAAACCUAUGUCCUUGUGCAGUACAUUACAAGUGUUCUUUAAUCUAUGGAAAUGCACAACAACUGUAAGACACAGCACUGAAUGGAUACGAGAGGGUCACUGAUGUCCACAUCACUAUGCAUCUUAAAACUGACAAUUCCACACCUCCACCCAGUAUGCCGGCAUGGUUUUUGCACCACACUGAAUGUGAUUAGGAUAAAGUGGGCAUGUCUGUAAAGGGGAAUCUCGUUUGGUAACCCAAAGGACCCAUUUUCAUUCUCACAUCUUGAGGUGAGAGGUCACAGUUUAAUAAACACCAGGGCAGUUUAACAUCUCCAAGAUUUAGCCUAACUUGGGAGCGUUCAAUCAGAAUCGGAACCAUUUAUUGCCAAUGUUUGUAACAUACAAGGAAUUUGUCAUGGCAGGUGGUGCAUAACAUUAGACAAUCAACAACAAUCAUUCAGCCCAUGACAUAGUUUGUCUCUCCACUGUGUGGGUGUAAUGUUGAUACCUCGGCACAGAAGACCAGGAGUUGAAUGCUGUCAGUUUCAUGGCUAUUCAAGCUGUAGAGGUUCUAUCAAAGGCAGCAAGCCAGCUUUCCAAUAAAGUUAUGUACAAUGUAUUGUACAGUUUAAAACAUGUCAUGCUGAAAAACCUGAUAUAAUGCUGGUGCUUUCUAAUAGCUUUCUUUCAUUUUUUUAUUAAGUCAUAUAUUUUUCUCAUUUUCUCUCCCAUCUAUUUCCAGUUGAGCAGUCAGUGAUGGCAGUGGCACAGAAUAACUGCUGUGAAGAUCUCAAGUCUACCUAAACUGCAGUCAACACUGCAACUCUUCA